AUAUCACACACACAAGAAAAUCAACAUUUUUGACUUCAUAAAGAAAAUAAUCUUCAACUUUAUAAGGAAAAUAUAAUCUUCAUGAUACGCCCUCGUGGCAACAAAUCCAACGGCCACAAAACAAUCAUCUGUGCUUUUGUUAUGUAGAAGUCCCACGUGUCAUACCUGUAACUGCUCUGAUCAUAUUCAAAACAAGAACUUUCGGAAGUAGGCUUCGGGAAAAUCUCCGGCGAACAAAACCCUAGCGUCAAGCGGCGAAGAUGGGCGUAGUUGAUUUGAUCACUAGGGUUGAUUCCAUCUGUAAGAAGUACGAAAAGUAUGAUAUCGAUAAACAGAGAGAAGCUAAUGUCUCCGGCGACGACGCUUUCUCCCGCCUUUACUCCGCCGUCGAAUCUGCGCUCGAAACUGUUCUUCAGAAAACAGAGGAUUUAUCGUCUGAGACGAACAAAGCGAAAGCUGUGGCGAUGAACGCAGAGAUUCGAAGAACGAAAGCUCGAUUGCUUGAAGGAAUUCCAAAACUUCAGAGACUUGCUCUCAAAAAGGUCAAAGGGCUUUCAAAGGAAGAGCUUGAUGUUAGGAAUGAUUUGGUUUUGUCAUUGAGAGAUAAGAUUGAGGCCAUACCAGAAACCUCUGCUCCUUUUGUAGGUGGUUGGGAAGCUUCAACAUCGUAUUCGAAUAUCAGAUUCGAUACUAAUGUCUCAGAUCACAGAAUUGGUAGUGGAUAUUUCGAGCCAACCGGAGAGUCUGAUCAGUUUAAACAAAAGUAUGAGAUUAAAAGAAUAAAACAGGAUCAAGGAUUGGAUUACAUAGCUGAAGGACUGGAUACACUCAAGAAUAUGGCUCAGGACAUCAAUGAGGAACUUGAUAGACAAGAACCACUCAUGGAUGAAAUAGAUACAAAGAUUGACAAGGCAGCUACUGACCUGAAAAGCACCAAUGUGAGGCUUAAGGAUACUGUAACAAAGUUGAGAUCCAGCCGCAACUUCUGCAUAGACAUCAUCCUCUUAUGCAUACUCCUGGGAAUCGCUGCCUUCAUAUACAACUCGGUGAAGUGAAAGCUGGUGAUGCCUGAGACGCUAUUUACAUUACACAUGCAUGUUUAUGGUAGAGACAAUAUGGAAGUUUUACUUUUCAUCUGUCUAUAUACACCCAUGUUUAAAAAAAAACGAGUAUUCAACUUAAAAAUAGCAAGUCAACUAAACUCUAAUGCAAAUCUAUAGCUAUCUCA